AUAUAACCUCUGGAGCUAGAAAGGGAACAUCUGGAGAGCAAGCCCUCCUCAGAGAGGCUUAAAGUCGAGCAGCUGGACAGAGUGAGUAGUCAGAAGUUGCUCUGUGCUGAAGUGGAAGAUGAAUUCUGCUCUUGUGCUUCGUACUCUGGCCCAACUGUUGCUGGUGGCUACUAUUAUUCACACUCAGCCCCACUACUUCCAUGGAGAGGAGUGGGUCAACGCAUGGCGCCAGGGCUUUAACUUCCAGUGUCCUCACGGCGAGGCGCUGGUGGCCAUCAAGAGCUACUUCAGUGAGGAAGAGGGCUCAGACCGUCUGUGGAGCUUUGAAUGUCAGCCGACCCCCACCACCCUCGGAGAGCCCAGCGCGUGCUGGUGGGAUGAUCUCAACCUUGCUGGCAUGGAGUGGACUUCCACGUGCAGUGACAACGGUAUUGUGGCUGGAGUGCAGAGUCAGUACUUUCCAUCUACUCUGGACCGAGAGUGGCGGUUCUACUGCUGCCGCUACAGUAAAAGAUGCCCUUAUUCCUGCUGGAAGACCUCUGACGUUCCAGAGUACUACAAAGAAGAGGCUGAAAUGGUCGUCCCUGCUUAUGGCUACUUCAUCCGGGGAGCUCAGACCACCUUUAGCGGGGUGCUCAGGGAUCGCCAGUGGAAGUACAUCCUGUGCAGGAUGACAGAACAUGAUUGUGAAUUUCAGAACUUUUAAGUCUGGAAUUUGUUAAGCACCAACCUCCAAAAAGUCCUCAUAAAUAGCCACGGACUUUUAUGAAAUUUAAUUAUAAAAGGCAAUCAUACAAUUACAUAUGUAAUUCAAGUAAAAACAAUUUUAUUACCUAGGAAUUCAUAUGGUUCAUUCCUGUGUGAUACAUUUUCACAUUUUAUGUAAUCCUGCAUGGUUUAAGAGGCUCAUUUGAUUUACAUAAUAUAGGUAUCUUCAAUACAAACACCUAGACUAUUUCUUUACCUACAGUUUGUUUCUUCUAUGUUUGAAGUGUAAAUCUUUAUUCAAAUGCCAAAUCAAAGCACUGUGAAUGGAAUGCAUUUUUUGACAUCUACAUCACCUGUUUCGACAAAAGAAAGUUAUUGCAGUGUGUCUUAUUUUGUAUCAGAUGUUUACAGCAGCUACAUAACAACCAAUAAAGCAUUUUUUCCCUGAGA